AUGUCUGAGAAGGUCGCCAAGCGGAAGGCGCAUACGAAAUCGAGAAGGGGCUGCUUUCAAUGCAAGCAGCGCCAUACUAAGUGUAACGAAUUGCACCCCCAGUGCGGUAAUUGUGUACGACUGAAUAUCCAGUGCACAUGGCCUACAGUCACCAGUACACCACCUUCGGCGCAUCCAGAAAACCAUGUUUCAAUGGUGAUGGAACACCGAAACUUCAGUAGCCCCGACCUUCAUCCAAAUGGAGCUACUUCAACACUACCUCUGGACGACAUGCGACUGCUGCAUCAUUGGUCCAGGCGGACAUCUCUCUUCCAUCGCCCGGGCGCCAGCAAUCAUGAACAGAUAUGGAGAGAAGAUGUGAUAGACAUCGCAUUCGAUCACCCCUUUCUCCUCCAUGGCGUUCUCGCCCUCGCAGCCAUACAUAAAUGUAGCACGGAAUAUACAACCCAGUCGCAGCGUGAAAAGCUACUCCAACAAGCAGAUUCCCACAUGACCCGCUCGCUUGGGCCUUAUAGAGGACACUUGGAGAACCCAUCAGAGGUGACUGCAGUGCCGAUGUUUGUUUUGUCGUCAAUACUUGUGACAUACAACUUAGGCACGGCUCAACUAGGCGCACCAGAGAAACCCAUCGAUGCGCUGGUUCACUGCUUUCGAUUGAUCCAAGGCGUCAAGGUUGUCAUCUUCCCUCAUUGGGAAAAAGUAAAGGCAAGCCGGAUUUUUUCUCACGUGGCUUCUGGGGCCAUGGAAUCCAACCCACCAGAGGCGACCUCAGAAGAAAUGGAGAAAUACAUCCCCGGGUUGUAUCUGCUUACUGCGAGACUGGAAUUGGAAGGAGCGGAGAAGGAAAGCUGUGACGAGGCCAUCGAACAGUUGUACAUGAUUUGGCACAAGAAUCGAUGGAGUACCGACUACGAGACUGGCAGAAGUAUCUUAAUGACCUGGCCAGCAAUCAUCGCGACCGAAUUUUUGAAUCUCCUCAACAACGCUUCGCCUGCUGCUGUCAUUAUUCUCACACAUUUCGCAGUCCUCAUGGCUAGUUCAGAAGCGUCAUGGUGGCUACAUGGAUGGCCAAAACGAAUACUGAGGGCAGCCGAAGACUUGUUUGUCUCGAGGCCUGACCUACAGCCUUGGCUUGUAUGGCCGAGAGAGCAUAUUAUGGCUACAGAGUCUGGCGUCGCGGCGGCGACGACUCCCAGCACGGCUACGAGUCCGCGCGCUGAUAUCAUGAUGGCCGGCAGUUGA